GGGGUGGGAGGGGGGGGAGCGCGAGAGUGAGUGAGUGGCUGAGUGAGUUUACCCCUAUGAGGCGGUGAGAGGCCAGGGGCCUACCUCCAGAGGAGCGGGGUCGCGGUGCCGCUUAGCAGCGGGUCCCCGAGCCCGGUGGCGCGGCGGUGUGGCUCGGUUGUGAGGAGGUGGAAAAGCUCGUGUCCGGGCCCCGCCAUGGAGGGCAUGGAUAUGGACCUGGACCCGGAGCUGAUGCAAAAGUUCAGCUGUCUGGGCACCACCGACAAGGACGUGCUCAUCUCAGAGUUCCAGCGGCUGCUUGGCUUCCAGCUCAACCCGGCCGGCUGCGCCUUCUUCCUGGACAUGACCAACUGGAACUUACAAGCAGCAAUUGGCGCCUAUUAUGACUUUGAGAGCCCAAACAUCAGUGUGCCCUCUAUGUCUUUUGUGGAAGAUGUCACCAUAGGAGAAGGCGAGUCAAUACCUCCUGACACUCAGUUUGUAAAAACGUGGCGGAUCCAGAAUUCUGGAGCAGAAGUCUGGCCUCCAGGGGUUUGUCUUAAAUAUGUCGGGGGAGACCAGUUUGGACAUGUGAACAUGGUGAUGGUGAGAUCCCUAGAGCCCCAAGAGAUUGCAGAUGUCAGCGUCCAGAUGUGCAGCCCCAGCAGAGCAGGAAUGUAUCAGGGACAGUGGCGGAUGUGCACUGCUACAGGACUCUACUAUGGAGAUGUCAUCUGGGUGAUUCUCAGUGUGGAGGUGGGUGGACUUUUAGGAGUAACACAGCAGCUGUCAUCUUUUGAAACGGAAUUCAACACACAGCCGCAUCGCAAAGUAGAAGGAAACUUCAACCCGUUUGCCUCGCCCCAAAAGAACCGACAAUCAGAUGAAAACAACUUAAAAGACCCUGGGGGUUCCGGGUUCGACUCAAUCAGCAAAAACACAUGGGCUCCUGCUCCUGACCAAACUGAGCAAGAUCAGGAUAGACUCUCACAGAACUCUGUAAAUCUGUCCCCCAGCAGUCACACAAACAACUUAUCAGUAGUGACUUACAGUAAGGGGCUCCACGGGCCUUACCCCUUCGGCCAGUCUUAAACGGGUGUCAGCAAGAAGAAAAAUUAACAAAAGACAGAAGGCCCGACUUUGGGGGGGAGGGCAAGGGGUUCCUCUGGAUUCCAGACCACGCCGCCCGGACCCCUGGCUCUGCCUCCCCAUCCCAGCAGAAGAGGAAGCAGCAGAACAGACUAGUUUGGAGUGAACUCGGUGUGCGUGUGUGAGUGCUGACUUGCAGGGACGACACGGCCGCCUGGGGUCUCCAUCGCUAGGUGAAAGUUUAACAAGUCACUGGGGCGCUUGGGGAAGGAACAAGUUCUAAGUGGGGGAAAAUAAGCCAUCUUUUUAAACAGAAAUUAUUUUGCCUACAGAGGUUGUAGUUUUGCGCACAUGACUCUUCCCCCUUUUCCCCGUUUAUUUUUGUAAGAGGGUAAGUGCUUGAUCUGGAAGCGGUUCAGGCCGAGACCCCAUGGGUCAGCACCUCGGGACCGCGGCAGGCUGGCCCCGUCUGUUUCUAGUGAUGUCAGCCGAUGAGCUCACCCUCCCUCCCCACCUCCCUUUAAUCUUUGGUUGAUUUACACCUUUGACAUUUGUGUUUGUCAACCCUGUGGCUUGUUAGCAUCAGAACCUCUCUGAAGACCAAACUUUGCUGUGCGCCCGCAGAGGAAGCUUGAGGACAGAUCUCGGGUGACGUGGGCAUUUCUGAGGCCGAGAGGCAUCCUCCUGCACACCCCGAAGCCGUUCAGAUCGCUUCCCGCGCUUGUUUCUCUUGGCAAAGAGAGAUAGAUGCAUCGUGCUCACUGUGCUCCAGUUCUGUGCGCGGCCGUGCCCCGCUCCCCCCGCAGCAGUUCUGCCUGCCCGGGAAGCGGCUGCAGCUCACCAGCAAGUGUGCAGCAGGCCAGGGGCGGCCUCCUGGCUGCUCAGUUGUCACACGGCUCCCUGCCCUCGAUUUCCCUGCAACUGUCCUUUGUGGUGUUUGCACAACCUGUCCAUGGAGGCUGAGCUCUUAAGAUACGAAAAUACAGCCCCCAGCCAGGAACUUGUGGGAAAGGGCCACGGUCACUGACUCCUUGGUCUUGGAGGCCACAGUUAGGUGGAAGCUUGGGCUUUGGUGAGGGGGUGGGCAGGGGCCAGCCCCGCUGGUGUCCCAUGAAUUCCAAGCAGGUCAAGAUGUGGAUGUGUCCAGGGAAGCUUGAACAAGGCUAGAACAGCUGUCUGCCAAAGAUACAAGAAUAUGCAAAGUCCCUCUUCUCAGCCCCUCCGUCCCUGAGUCUUGGUUGGUCUGAGAGCCAGGGAUGUGCCCCUAGGGUGCGGUUGCAGGUCCCCUGCCUGUGACCUCACCCCCAUCUGCACUGGGGGUGGGGGUAAGAAAAGCGGGGUCCAGGGGAUGAGUGGCUGUAAGGGGUCCUGUGGCCUGGGUGUGGUGUGAGGGUCUGCCUGUCUAUCUCUGUUUGGGUGUCUGAGUUUUAAAAAGUGUGUGGGGUUCCUCCUCAUCUCCUCUGAGACUGUUGUUUUUAAAUGCUUGACUGUGGGUGGGAGGCUUGUAUGAAAUUCCCCCUUCACGUCUCCACUUCCCAACAAUGUUCAGUUUGCUCCAGAAACCUUGGGGAAGAGUGGAGCCCUCGGCGGCACAGGGCCUGCAGCCGGGACUGGACUCGGGCUUCCUCGGAGCGCCUACUUUCUAUGCACACCGCACCCCACGCCCUAGCAGAGCCGAGGGGAGUCCUUUCUGGGUGCUGCACCACAAGUCUCAGGAUGGCUUUUAGUCUGAAAGCCGCCUUAGACCCGGUUUGCUGCUGCCGCCGGUGCCAAUCUCCUAGGACACUGCCACCCUGGAGCGCACACAUGCCCCUCUUCCUGCUUGCCAGCUUUGGAGCAGUGUGUCCUCAGCUGCCCCUGCAGAAUCCUGGGCGGCUCAUACCCUCCGCUUUUCUGUCUCCCUGUCUGCCCCACGCCAGACGCCCUGCCCCAGGUUCACAGCCAGAGCUCCGUCAGCAGGGUCCCUCCGGGGCCGUGCUGCUUCUCUUGCUUGUUGGCGGAUGGACAGUUCUAUGCACGUCCACUCAGAGGUGGACUCUGCAGUGGGCCAGGGCAGGGGCAGGCCUAUGCCUAUGCCUUGGCAGGGUUAGAGGAGGGCGUUGGUCCUCCCCUCCUUCCCUCGCACGGUCUGAGCGUGAGUGGCGUCCCUCUCCUCCUCUGUCCAGCAGGGGUAGGAGGCUGCCUCUCAGUCCUGCAGUCCCUGCUCCUCAGGACUCCUGGACACAGCAGAACUGCCACCCAAGAGGCGAGGCCAGCCACAUCCUUAGGUGACAGGCUGGGGAGACGGAGGAGUGCAGUGGGGAGGAACCGUCUGUGUGCGUGGCGUGAGGGUGCGUGUGGGGAUGUGUGUGCACGUGUGCAUGCCUUUUUUUUUUUUUUUUUUUCUUUCGCUGUGGGGACAGUUGAAUUUGGGGCAUUUUCCCACAAGAAACAGCUUCUCUCCUCGUGAGGACUGGCUGUGGCCCUACGCCCAUCAAAGGCACAUCCUGCCUGGAGAGAACUCCAGAGCUAGCUGGUGGCCUAAAGGCUGCUAAGCUGAGAAGUGGGCGAGAGGACGGACCCCUCCCCAAAUUCAGUCUGAGCCCCAGCAGGAGAGCGAGGCAGGGCUGCCAGCGCCUUCCGUGGUCCCGGGACGAGCUGGGAGCAGCCGUGCUGCCCCUCCGCCGGGACAGCUGUGUGUGUGGCGAGCAAGCUGGUGGGUGUGUGGCGGGGCCUUGUGGUGCCUGGAGGAGCUGAAGAUGAGGUUUUCCUUACUGUGUAAACGAAUAUUUGUAUGAUUAAAUUAACACACAAAAACUUC